CGUCAUCCCGCAGCGUCAGAGAGUGUUUCCUGAAUGCUGAGGUGUCCGUGUAGAUAUUUACAUAGAGACGUGUCGCCUGUUUUAGAGGAGUGACAGCAUGGAUCGUCCGGAGACCACCUUCACUCUGGCGUAUAUCGUGUUCGCGCUGUGCUUCGUGUUCACGCCGAACGAGUUCCGCUCGGCCGGCUUCACGGUGCAGCACAUGUUCUCUCCGUGGCUGGGCAGCGAGGACAUGGGCUUCAUCCAGCACCACGUCCGGAGGAGCGCCCUGACCGCGCUGCUGCACUGCUGCCUGCCGCUCGGAUACUACGCAGGGAUGUGUUUGGCCGCUCCGGAGCAGGAUCUGCUGCAGGUGCACCGGGCGGCUCGGGGCUGGCAGCUCUACUUCUGCUUCUCUCUGACCGUGCUGCUGCUCGGCUGUGUUCUUGUGUUCGUCUGGUCCAGGCGCGGCUGGGAGAAUCACCCCAUCUGCCGGGCGCUCAGUGCUCACGCUUUACAACGCUCCAGCUGGAGAGCCGUGGCCUCGUCCAUCAACACUGAGUUCCGGCGCAUCGAUAAGUUCUCGUCGGGCUGUCCGAGCGCCAGAGUGAUCGUCACUGACUCCUGGGUGAUGAAGGUCAGCACAUACUCCCUGCACAUCGCCCUGCAGCAGGACUGUCACCUGACCGUCACCGGCUCCACGCAGCACAGUCUGUCUCCUGAGCUCAACACACCGCUGCAGAUCCUCACCAUCACUGUGGCCAGCAUCAACCCCCGCGUCCAGCCCUUCCUCAUCAGGCUGAAGUCCACGGAGUACGCAGAGCUGCAGGAGAAACUGCACGCACCCAUCAGAAACGCUGCCAAUGUGGUCAUCCAUCUGACCAUGAGCGAGCUCUUCCUGGAGACCUUCAAGACGUAUGUGAAGAUGAACGCCGUGUACGAGUGUCCGAGUGGACAGGAGCUGGAGCCGUGUAUCGGCUGUAUGCAGGCCCGCGCCGCUGUGAAGCUGCUGCGUCUGUGUCAGGCGGACGGCGAGGGAGAGUGUCAGCAGUGCUUCUGUCGGCCCAUGUGGUGUCUCACCUGUAUGGGGAAGUGGUUCGCCAGCCGUCAGGACCAGCAGACGCCGGAGACGUGGCUCAGCAGCAGGGUCCCGUGUCCCACCUGCAGGGCCAAGUUCUGCAUCCUGGACGUCUGCUCCAUCGAAUGAGGACAGCGCCCCCUAAACUUCCGUGCCUCCAACUACAAUCACAUGUGAAGAUGAGACUGAACCGCUACUGUGAUGAAGCUACUGUGUCACAUCUGAUGGUAAUCUCUAUGAGCACCAUCACGUCUCUAUCCAGUAAAAGCUCUUUUAUUGUCCCAGUGUCCAGCUUCAGCUUCUGCUGUCAGAUCUUGUCUGAUCGUGAUCAAGUAAUAUCUCCAGAUGAACUCUUACUGAACUGAGCUCAGCUUUACUUGAUUCUCCAUCAAUCAUGUUUUAGAGUCUCAGAUCUGAUCCUCAGGAUCUUUUGAGGAGCUUUACUUUCACUGUUCCUCAGCGGAGGAGUGAUCUUCACAAGCCUCCAGAACAUCUCACAUCUUCUGAGGAGCCUUGAUUUCUCCAGCUCUCCAUCACUGUGUUAUAUGUGCGGAUCAUUCACAUCUCAUCUCAUUACUGGAGAUAUAGAGUGAUAUUCAGAUCAGUUUAUACCAGUAUCUGCUAAGAGCUCACUGGUUUACAUCACAAACAGCAGAAUUUCAUCACGAUUUAUUCAUAUAAUAUCAGAAUCAGCAGCAGAUUGCAUAUGUUAGCUCAGUUUGGACCUUGUUUUUUCUUCUAUAUUCUGUCUAUAUCAGACUGUAUGAGCCACAGAAGUCUGAUGGAGCAAAUAUGAUACUCAACAAAAAACAUAUGCAACAUUUUUGUUUGUAUUUUUCUAGGGAUGCAAAGAUUCAAUAAACUGUUCUAAAUAAUAAAUAACUUUUUUUAUAUAUAUAUUUGAUGUUCAACACAAUUAAAUAUAAUAUUUUUCAACACUUAUGCUAAAGCUGGGAUGUUUCGGGGGGACAGUCAGAGGUUAAGCGUAGCUCCUGAGUGUAAGUGUGUAUUCUGGAAGAUUACAGUGAUGAAGCGGUCCUCUCUGUGCUGGACCCACGGUCUGAAGGCCAUCAUCACCGCCUCAGAACAACUGAUGGAGCGAGGGAGGGAUCUGUGAGGAAGAUCCUGCUCUUCAUCCAGCUCCUGCUGUACAUAAACAACGUUUUCUGUUUUUUCUUUGAGGGAACAUGAGCAGAUUUAUUAUAUUGAGCUGAUCAUCGAAUAAACAAUGUUUAUGAUAGAAUUCAAAUAGAAUGACUGAGAUCUUUGAGGAUUUAACACUGUGUUCUUGUAUUUCUGCAAAUCGUGUAAUAAUAAUAAACAUUUAUUUGUAAA